AUCUGGGGCUUCUGGGCCCCCGGCCAAGUGACGAGCAAAACCCACCCAAAAAAAAAAUACAGCGGAGACGCGCGACGGCGGCGCAGUUCCCCGCUCCGCCGCUCCGUGCUCCGACCUCCGGCGACCCCGGGCACCGGCGAGUGGCCCCGACGGCCAUCCAGCUUGUCAGCAUUAUUAGGCCUCGAAACCUACCUUCCACAUCCACGCCAUUCUUCUCCGCCUCCUCCUCCUCCUCCUCCUCCUCGGAUCCCUCGCAAUGGCGGCGCCGCCUCAGCCCGUGCCGGCGCCCGCGGCCGCGUCGCCGGAGGUGUUCCGGCUCGGGUUCAUCGGCCCGGGUAACCUCGCGGAGAGCAUCGCCCGCGGCGUGGCGGCGUCGGGCGUCCUCCCGGCCACCGCGAUCCGCACCGCGCCACACCGCCGCCCCGAGCGCGCCGAGGCCUUCUCAUCCAUCGGAGCUCACAUCUUGGAGACCAACGCGCAGGUAGUUGAUGACAGUGACGUGAUCGUCAUCUCUGUGAAGCCGCAGAUCGUAAGGCAGGUACUGGUUGAGCUAAAACCCUUGCUGUCAGAAGAAAAGCUUCUGGUGUCCAUUGCUGCUGGCAUCAAGAUGGAAGAUCUGCAGGGUUGGUCUGGUCAUCGAAGAUUUAUUAGAGUAAUGCCAAACACCCCUUCAGCUGUUGGACAAGCAGCAUCAGUGAUGUGUUUGGGGGAGAUGGCUACUGAGAAUGAUGAAAACCGUGUAAGAAGUUUAUUCAGUGCCAUUGGAAAAGUUUGGACAGCUGAAGAAAAAUAUUUUGAUGCUGUAACUGGGCUAAGUGGUAGUGGCCCGGCUUAUAUUUUCUUAGCAAUAGAGGCCAUGGCUGAUGGUGGAGUUGCUGCUGGUCUUCCUCGGGAUCUUGCACUUGGUCUUGCAUCUCAGACAGUUCUUGGUGCUGCAACCAUGGUAAACAAGACUGGAAAACAUCCGGGUCAGCUGAAGGAUAUGGUCACUUCCCCGGCAGGAACCACCAUAACUGGGAUACAAGAGCUUGAGAAGGGUGCAUUCCGUGGGACGCUGAUAAAUGCCGUUGUUGCUGCUACAAAGCGUUGCCGUGAACUUUCUCAGAGUUAAUCCUCUUGUUAGUUGUUAGUCCAUUGGAUGUGCGACUCUGCGCACGAUUUCCCCUAGGGAAGAGGAUGUGCGAAUAUUGAUAUUUAAACCUGAUGAGGCUAUCAGCAAAUUUUGCUUGUAGUUUUAUCCGAAUAAUUUGCUGCACUUUAGUGGCACGAAAUCUGGAUGAUGUUAGAUUGAUACUUAUUCUGGCAGCAGCUGUUUUUGAUCGUUUUUGUUGGGAUAUUGGAGUUUUAAGGUAUGGCAGGCUGCUUGACUGUC